AUGUUCCUUGGUUUUCUGUGGCCCUGCUCUGAAGCUGACUCCAUUGCUACCCUUCAGAAGGCCGAAGCACACAACAUCAGCAGACCAAGCUCAACUGCCAUGCCUGGGCAGAUCUUUGCAGUGGCUGUGCUGUUCCUGUCUCUGGCUGAUGGCCAUCAAAUAAGAGAAAAAGAAUUUCCAAAAUCCAGAGGCGAUCUUCAACAUGUUUCAACAGCAACAGGACAGACCACAGCAAAGCCUCCACUACAGCUGAUUGACCAAACCCCUCCUGUAAGUUCAGCAGCAACGUCAAAGGAAGACUACAUUCGAAUGGCUGCUGAAACCUCCACCUCUGAAAACACAGCACAUACAACAAUAAAAACAGCAAUCCCACUAACUACAAAAAGUCUUCUACCCAGCAGCCGAGCUAGCGACACCUUGGUCUCAUCUAAUGACUCACAUAUGACUGUGAGUUGGUCUACCAGUGGUCCUGGUUCAGGUGCACAUUUGCCAAUUCCUAAAACUGGAGCUAGUCUAUCUACUGUCGACCAUGUAACUGGGAGAACUACCCAACUUGGUGGUCAGCCUACCCUUCUCAAAACCAUUGUCAUAGCAUCACACAAAAGCACAGCCAAUCAGGGGCCAACUCUGUCAACCUAUGUCCCAGAGAAGCCUACAGCCAAAGACAGUCCGACAACUUCACAUGCCCUCAUAGUUCCUAGGCCCACUCUUGCAACUCAGAUAUUACUAGCCAAGACUGGAACUUAUGAAGUUCUAAAUGGAAGCAGGCUCUGUAUAAAAGCAGAGAUGGGAAUAGAGCUGAUUGUUCAAGAAAAGGAUUUGGAGUCUGCAACUCAGAGACACUUCAACAUUGACCCCAGCCUAACCCAUGCAUCUGGGAAAUGUGGCUUCCAAAAAUCCAGCCUGUUCUUGAAUUUCCAGGGUGGAUCUGUGAACGUCACAUUUACAAAGGAAGAAAACUCAUAUUAUAUCAGUGAAGUGGGAGCCUAUUUGACCAUCUCCAAUACAGAGAAGACUUACCAGGGAAUGAAGAAUACUAUGGUGAUGUUUGAGACAGUAGUUGGGCAUUCCUUCAAGUGUGUGAGUGAGCAAACCAUUCAUCUGUCAUCUCAGCUUCAAAUAAAAACAAUGAAUAUCCAUCUCCAAGCCUUUGAUUUUGAAGGAGACUUCUUUGGAAAUGUGGACGAGUGUUUGUCUGACUAUACAAUUGUGCUUCCUGUGGUUGGAGCCAUCGUGGUCAUCCUCUGUGUUGUAGGUCUGGGUGUCUACAAAAUCCGCCAAAAGCAUCAGUCAUCUGGAUACCAGAGAAUCUAAUUUGUAACCAAAGGAAAUGGUAACAAUGAACUUUAGAAAAAAAAUAAUUAUUUCCAGUAUGGUGGAGGAUUCUUUUCCUUGCUGAUUCCUACUAAAACCAAUGAGUGGUUAGUGAUUAAAACUGAAGCAGUACAUCAGUUCUGAAUAUUUUUACUCAUAUCAUGAAAGACUAAGGAAGAUAUUUAAGACUAUUUUCUAUUUGUUGGAAAAAUUUAUUCAAAUGAACAUUUGAAACACAUAGUAUUAACAUAAUGUUCAAAAUUAUAUACCAAAAUACUUGAUUUUAAUUAAUCUUACCUGUGUUUGCUUAAAGAAAGUUAUUUUAGCAUUAAUAUAUAUUUUUAAGAACAUUUUA